CCUCGACAGGAGGAAAGAUGGGAGCCUGGCCGAAAAAGAAAAUAAAAAGAAAAGCAAGCAUAAGCGAAAACGCUCAUGAUGACCCGCUCGAUUAUAAUUAUGACAACAUUUGCUGAGCGAUGCCCGGCCUAAGCAAAUCAGAGUGCUAAAGGAAUUUGGGGGGGUCUCGCUGUUCGGGUAAUUAGUUUCCAGUUGACGAACUUAUUGGUACAACAAUCACCCUGCUUGCUUCUUCUACCUGCUCGUGAUGGUUGGCGGGGGUGUGUGGUUUGACGUUCAUGUGCGCUGCGACUGCGCGUGAUGCCCACUUCUUCCUCCCUCGUCGCCUUCUUCAAGUCGACGGUCUGUCUUGACUUGUUGAUUCUUCUCCCGGAAUCAAGCCAAGGUGUCUGUUGCGUCUCUUGUCAAAUGCUUUUCUUCGUUGGUCUGUUUCAAUCUUGCGCCUUCCUACAGCGCAGAUCGACCACUAACAUGCCAAUCAUCGCCAAUCAUCAUGGAGAUCCCCCAGGCAUCAUCGGCCAUGCGACUGGACGAGGCAAGGCGUCUGUCUGGCUGAAUAAUCCGGCAUCCUCGGCAGACUUGGGUACCCAGGCAGCUUCUGUCUUUAGCCGCAUGCUGACUGCAGUUUCAUUUUCCGUUUGCCCUCCUACUGGUGUCAAAGAGCUUGAAGGCCAGGAAACCAAUAUUGUCAAGAAAGCCAUUAAAUUUCCCGCCCUGGUCCGCAACGGACUAAAAGAAAGAGCGGAAAGGUGCAGCGCAGGACACAAUCACACCCCUCCACACAAGGUCGGCCGUGCAACGCACUCGCGUAUUUCCCGCACACCCCGUCUUUUCCAGGCACCUGGGAAGGAAGUCCUCAGACGUCAUUGAAGCAGGCCUAUUUCCCUUCCCGUUACCCAGACGGUCUUCGGAUCUUCACUAAGCCCCUAUCUUUGGUUGUGUUGGA